UUUAUCAGAGCGUCCUCAUGUUUCAGUUUCACUACUGAGUCUGCUAUAUAUUCAUAUGCUUUCAUUUCGCUUGUGCACAUCUAGCUGGUUCUUGUUCUUCAAGCGUUUCAUUUGUUUGUUUCUUUGGGAGACGUGGUGAUGAGGGUUCAUCGUGUUUCAGGUUGUGUUGUGGUGCUUGCUUUCUUAUUAUUUGCUUUUCUUGUGAGUCAUUUGGUUGUGGCUGAUGGCCAUGCUAGCCCUAGCAGUAAGAGUGUUAAGGAUGAUAAGCACCUUUUUCCGCGUCCCCGCCCGCACUUGUUUAAGAAAGGAGGUCUAGGGCAUGGAAGGUUUGGUGGCGGUGGACUUGGUGGAGGCAUUGGCGGUGGGGGAGGUCUAGGUGGAGGUGGAGGUCUUGGAGGUGGUGGUGGGCUUGGCGGAGGUGCAGGAGGUGGCUUGGGAGGUGGUGGUGGGUUUGGUGGUGGUGGUGGUCUAGGUGGGGGUGCUGGAGGUGGCUUAGGAGGUGGUGGUGGGCUUGGUGGUGGUGGUGGUCUAGGUGGGGGUGCAGGAGGUGGUGGGGGAUUAGGUGGGGGCGCAGGAGGUGGCGGUGGUCUAGGUGGAGGCAUUGGACAUGGUGGUGGUCUAGGAGGAGGUAUUGGACAUGGAGGUGGUCUGGGUGGAGGUAUAGGACAUAAAGGUGGGCUUGGUGGUGGUGCUGGGGGUGGCUUAGGCGGAGGAGGAGGUGGUGGUCUAGGAGGAGGCAUUGGACAUAGAGGUGGUCUAGGUGGAGGUAUAGGACACAGAGGUGGGCUUGGUGGUGGUGCUGGGGGUGGCUUAGGCGGUGGAGGGGGCGCAGGAGGAGGUGGUGGUCUAGGUGCAGGCAUUGGACAUGGAGGUGGUCUAGGCGGUGGAGGUGGACUUGGUGGUGGUGGAGGAGCGGGAGCUGGUGGUGGGUUUGGUGCCGGAGGUGGAGCUGGCGGAGGUGGUGGUCUUGGCGGCGGUGGUGGAGCGGGUGGUGGUGCAGGUGGAGGUUUUGGAGGUGGUGUUGGUGCAGGCGGAGGUCUUGGAGGCGGUGCUGGUGGUGGAGGUGGGUUUGGGGGUGGUGGUGGUGUUGGUGGUGGUUCUGGAGGAGGGUUUGGAGCUGGUGGAGGGUUUGGGAAAGGCGGAGGAGUUGGAGGUGGACUAGGUGGCGGUGGAGGUGGUGGUUUUGGUGGAGGAGGUGGUUUUGGUGGUGGUGCCGGGGGUGGAGCUGGAUUUGGAGCUGGCGGUGGCCACUAAAGAGUGCAAGGAUAUAUAUGACCAUGAGUUUAUGUUGCAUCUACCUACUGCAAUGAUGAAUUGAGAUUUAGAGGCCAUAUAAUAUAAUGUGUUAAUAGUAUUAGCUUUGUCAUGCAAACACUCUUCAUGCAAGGGAAAGCACUGUCAAGUUGUCUACUUCUAAUAUAUCCUCACCAUAUCAUAUUUCAAAUA